AUGCGGAGUCCGCGACAGAGAUACAGCGAUGAGGCCAAGGAUAGCAAGAGUGGGAAGAAGAAGAGUGGAUUUUCGAGCUUCAUGAAUAAUCUCGUUGGUGCGCCGCGGAAGCCAACAAUCUCAGCUCCGGAGAACCCUGUGCAUGUGACGCAUGUUGGCUAUGAUCAGGAGACUGGAGAGUUCACGGGUCUACCCAAAGAGUGGCAGAGAACACUGCAAGCCAAUGGCAUCACCGAGCAGGAGCAGAGGAAGAACCCACAGGCUAUCAUCGACGUUGUGACAUUCUUCAACGAGAACGCUGGAGACACAGGGAGCGAUGACUACACAUAUCACAAAUUCGACAAUGCACAUCCGCAUGAUAGCCCACAGUCGCUGGGUCCUCAAGGAUAUAAUCAGAACGGCGCCAGUCCUGGCGGGUAUAUUGGAAGCCCACCGGCUAGUCCGCGAUUCCCUAAGAAUGGCCAAGAAAGCUUCGAAAACCCCAGAGCGCCGCCACCAGUACCGGGUGGUAUGAGCCAGGGUCUUGGCAUGCCUCCUUCUCGUGCCGUUUCCCAGUCCAACGGUGGCAUGCUGCCCUUGCGACCAGCGCCGAAACCGCCAGGAAGUCAAUCAGCGAGCCUCGUACCGCAAAGAGCUGCACCGCCCGCUCCAAAUGCUCAACGUGAGUAUCCGCGAACUGAUGAUGGACUGCCUGCAGUGAGAUACGCGCCUCCUACGAUCAAUGAUGUCUCGUCCAACUCAAAUUCGCCACAGUCGCGCAGUCGCGCAAACACUGGACCAUCACAGCAAUAUCAACCUCAAGCUCCCGUAUCGUCGCCACAGCAAUAUCAACACCAGCAGGAGCAGGCUAUGAAAGCUGCUCAGCAGCAGAUGAAGCAGACGACACUAGAGAGGUCGCAAUCCCAGAGGCAACAACCAAAUCCUGGAUUCCAGCCGCCGAUCACGAACCUCCCACCUCUGAACGAAUCUCGACAAGUGCCGCAUCCCGCAGCAGUGGAUCCUCGAUUGGGACCAGCACCGCGACCCAGACAGCGACCUCGCCAAUCAAUCACCAAUGCAGAGGUUGUCACACGGCUUCAGAACAUUUGCAACGCAGCAGACCCGACGAAAAAGUAUCGUAACCUGAUCAAGAUCGGACAGGGCGCUUCAGGAGGUGUCUACACGGCCUACGAGUUGGGCACCAACAAGUGUGUAGCGAUCAAGCAGAUGAAUCUGGAACAACAACCGAAGAAGGAUCUGAUCAUCAACGAGAUUCUGGUCAUGAAGGACAGCAAGCAUAAGAAUGUGGUCAACUUCAUGGACAGCUUCCUCGUCAAGGGCGACCUUUGGGUGGUGAUGGAGUACAUGGAGGGUGGCAGCUUGACGGAUGUUGUCACAUUCAACAUGAUGUCCGAGGGACAAAUAUCGGCCGUCUGCCGCGAGACACUCCACGGACUGCAAUUCCUGCACUCGAAAGGCGUGAUUCACCGCGACAUCAAAUCGGACAACAUCCUGCUAUCGAUGGAAGGCAGCAUCAAAUUGACCGAUUUUGGCUUCUGUGCACAGAUCAAUGAGUCGCACAUGAAGCGCACGACCAUGGUCGGAACACCCUACUGGAUGGCUCCGGAAGUUGUGACGCGAAAAGAGUACGGACGAAAAAUCGACAUCUGGUCCUUGGGUAUCAUGGCGAUCGAGAUGAUUGAGGGUGAGCCUCCUUAUCUGACCGAAUCGCCACUGCGCGCGCUCUACUUGAUCGCCACGAAUGGAACGCCCGCAAUCAAGGAAGAGCACAAUUUGACGCCUGUGUUCCGAGACUUUCUGGCGUUUGCGCUGAAGGUCGACCCGGAGAAGAGAGCGUCGGCGCAUGAUUUGUUGAAGCACGCGUUCAUCCAGACCGCUGAGCCGCUGGCCACUCUCGCACCGCUCGUCAAAGCAGCUCGCCUUGCUAGAAUUGAAGAGCGGAAAAACAAGGGGAACUGA